GGGGUUGGUUGCACCGCGGGGCGGGGCAGCGCGGCGCGGCUGGCGGCGGUGGCGGCGGGAAGGGCCGUUCUAGGGCUGUCCCGGGGCUCUGCGGCGGGCAGGAUGCCGGUCCACUCCCGGGAGAAGAAGGAGAACAACCACGAUGAGAUGGAGGUGGACUACGGGGAGAACGAGGGGAGCACCUCGGAGGAGGAGGAGACCGAGAGCUCGUCCGUGUCCGAGGAGGGGGACAGCUCAGAAAUGGAUGAUGAAGACUGUGAGAGGAGAAGAAUGGAGUGUUUAGAUGAAAUGUCCAAUCUUGAAAAGCAAUUUACAGACCUCAAAGAUCAACUUUACAAAGAAAGAUUAAGCCAAGUGGAUGCAAAACUGCAAGAGGUCAUAGCUGGAAAAGCACCUGAAUAUUUAGAACCAUUGGCAGCAUUACAAGAAAAUAUGCAAAUCAGAACCAAGGUGGCAGGUAUCUAUAGAGAGCUUUGUCUGGAAUCUGUGAAGAACAAGUAUGAAUGUGAAAUUCAAGCCUCUCGACAGCACUGUGAGAGUGAAAAGCUUCUGUUGUAUGAUACUGUACAAAGUGAACUAGAAGAGAAGAUUAGAAGACUUGAAGAAGACAGACAUAGCAUUGACAUUACCUCAGAAUUAUGGAAUGAUGAGCUACAGUCAAGGAAAAAAAGGAAGGAUCCAUUUAGUCCAGAUAAAAAAAAGCCUGUUGUUGUAUCAGGCCCCUAUAUAGUUUAUAUGUUACAAGACCUUGAUAUACUUGAAGACUGGACGACAAUAAGGAAGGCAAUGGCUACACUGGGGCCUCACAGAGUAAAGCCAGAACCACCUGUCAAAUUAGAGAAACAUCUACAUAGUGCUAGAUCUGAAGAAGGAAGACUGUAUUAUGAUGGAGAGUGGUAUGGACGUGGACAGACGAUAUACAUUGAUAAGAAAGAUGAAUGUCCUACAAGGUAUUUUUAUUUACUGAUCAAAGUUGAUGACUCUGAGAUUUGAAAGGUGGAGCAACCUAUGGGCUCAAUGGCACAAGGCUGUGAAUUACUGGCUGGAAUAACAUAAGCUGUGUUUGCUGGAAGAUGGACUCCAAAGGUGACAUUGGUUGGAAAAUCUGCCUCUCUCAUGCUACCUGGAAUACUACCUGGAAUAUGGUGAGAUUUAAGGAGCACACUUAGGUCAUCUAAUCCUGGAUUUUUAGUGCUAUUUCUCAGAAAUAUGUCUCAUAAAGCUCUGUGUGUGCUCUUAUUCUUUGACACGUUCUUGUUCUUUUUAUAGCUUUCAUGUUCACAACUAGUGCACGAGUCGUUGCUCAGCUACAAAACACUUGAAAGAGUUGUGUUGUGCAGGUAUUCUGCUAUAAGACUUUUGCCACAAUCUGUUUAUUUGAUGCUGCAUCUUCAUUUAAAUUUCCGUUAGAGCUGUGUAUUACAAUAGCUACAUUUAAACAGUCAAACAGAGAGCAGUUAUGAGGGUGAGGAAGAUUAAAAUGUGCUCUUCCAAAUCUUAACGUUGUGAGGUGGAUGAGCAAAGCCCAUAGUCUUUCUUUUGCCUUGGUCUCUUACUA